UGGGUGCCCCAAUGUCACGUCUGGGUGGUGACUGUGCCGCUUGUACGACCACCUUUCCGGAAUCCCUUCGCAUUGAGCAGCGCAAAGGUCCUGCAGGCAAAAAACCAAUACUCCUCCGCUUACCCAUCCCGCCCACCAUCUUCACUGCGGAUUUAUGCAGGACUCGAACUGUACGCCAUGUUGCAAGCUUCACUGGUCUCCGCCCCUAACUGACAUGUCCCUGAGUGUUUGAGACGCUCUUCCCACUUCUCACUUCUAAUACCGCGAGGCACGUCGAGUGAACUCCCGAGAUAAUGGCUUGACAAGGCCCGGAUCCUUCACAUCCCCGUGGUUGUCAAUCUCUCUUAUAUUCUACUGUAGACCUUGUUCUAGAGCCCAGUUUUCUGCUGUCGCCCGCUGAGGCUUCAACUCAUCAUGGCCGACCCGUCCAAGCCCACUGCCCCGGUGAUUCCGUCGCCUGAAGACAUCGCCUACAAUGCGGGUCCCGGGGCAAUUCGCGCCAUUUCAAUCGUCAUGGCUCUUACGACGGCCAUCGUCGCACUCCGAAUCUGGAUGAGAUUCCAUCGCCGUAUUGGCAUAGGGCUGGACGACUGGCUGAUCAUUGCGGCUUGGCUCGUCUUGUGGGGAGAAUAUGUCGUUGGAGUCAAGAGCAUCAGCGACGGCGGGAUUGGGCGGCACUUGCUCGUCCUCAUGAUUGAUAAUCCUUUUAUCUUGUCCAGGACAAUGUUGUGGAUGUACAUUGGCGAGAUCCUCUUCUUCACCUGCCUCGCCCUCAUCAAGUGGAGCGUGUUAGCCAUGUUCUACCGCAUCUUCCCGACGCGGUUCAUGAAACGGGGCUACAUCAUCCUGGGCUCCAUGACGGCCGCCUGGUGGGUCGCCGUCUUGCUCGUUACCAUCUUCCAGUGCACGCCCGUCCACAAGAGAUGGGACUUGCAGGCCAAGGGCACCUGCGUCAACGACAACGUGUUCUACAUCAGCACCAACGGCGUGCCAAACAUCGUGAUGGACGUCAUGAUUCUGGUGCUUCCGUUGUUUGAAAUCUUCAAACUGCAGGUCUCCAGGGCCCAGAAAAUUGCCAUCGCGUGCAGCUUCUUGGUCGGCUGGAUUGUCGUCAUCAGCAGCAUCAUCAAGCUGAAGGUCAUGGUGGACUUGUAUGAGUUGGGACCCACGGCAGAUGUCACCUAUCACUUGCCACCCCUUAUCGUAUGGGUCUUGGUCGAACCCUGCAUGGGAAUCAUCUCGGCGUCGUUGCCGCCCCUGCGGCCCCUCCUCACCAUGUUCCUGCGCAGGACGGGACUCAGUAAGGAGUCACAAGUGUCAAGAGGCAGCCCGGGCCGGCCCACUCUGGUCACCUUUGGACAGUCCAGCAGCCGGAAGAAAAACAAUGCUGGACAGUUCACGACUCUGAUGAGCGUCAACGAUGAGGACGGCGGCUCCCAGGAGCGACUGGACGGUGCCGGGUCCGAGGUUCCCGGGUGGCCCCAGGAGUUGCGGUCCUCACGAAGCGCCGUGAUACGCGGGGGAGAGGGUCGGGAGCAGGGGCAGGACCCGCUCCCGCUCCAGCUCCCGCACCAGGGGGGUCACAUCCCGCUACAGUCGAUUGCUGUCACGACCGAAGUGGUCUGGAACGAGUCGCAUCCUCCCCAUCACGCGCCGGCGGAAAACCGUCAGUGGCAGCAGCGUUAUCAAAGGUAGCACGAUGGAUGUGUGUGUCUGUAAAUGUGUACAUUACCGAAGCUGGACGGCCUAGCACCAUACCUACUCGUUAAUUAGAAAUGAGGUUGUAAGGAUGUGAAUAUCGAUGGUUCUGUUAGAGGUGCAUGCAAUGUAGGAAA